GUGCGAGGGAGCGAGGGAGCGACGAGCGACCGCGGGUGCGCCAAACCCUAGCUCGGCGAGGGAGAGGAGAGGGCGAAGAGUCCGAGAGGGGUUCGGGUUGGAUUGCGGCGGAGGGUCGGGGAUCGGGCGGCGAUCGAAUGGCAGAGGAGGACGGGCGGAGCGAGAGCAGCAACUACACGUCGGAGGAUGAGGGCACCGAGGAUUACCGGCGCGGCGGGUACCACGCGGUCCGCGUCGGGGAUUCCUUCAAGCAGGGCGCCUACGUCGUCCAGGCCAAGCUUGGCUGGGGUCACUUCUCCACCGUAUGGCUCGCAUGGGAUACCGUCCACUCCCGGUAUGUGGCGUUGAAGGUGCAGAAGAGUGCGCAGCACUAUACAGAGGCUGCAAUGGAUGAGAUAAAGAUCUUGAAGCAGAUUGCAGAAGGGGACCCUGAUGACACCCGGUGUGUGGUAAAAUUACUUGAUCAUUUCAAGCAUUCAGGACCCAAUGGGCACCAUGUUUGUAUGGUCUUUGAGUUCCUUGGAGAUAACCUGCUCACCCUUAUCAAGUACACUGACUAUCGAGGGAUACCGCUCUCCAAGGUCAAGGAGAUCUGCCGUUGUGUCCUCAUUGGACUUGACUACCUCCACCGAGAUCUUUCUAUCAUCCACACUGAUCUCAAGCCAGAAAAUAUCCUCCUCAUGUCUAGCAUUGACCCGGCCAAAAAUCCAUGUCUCUCUGGUUUGCCUCUCAUCCUCCCCACCAUCAAGUCCCAAGAGUUGGCACCCAUGUCUCCAGCUCGGUCCAAUGGGGAUCUCACACGAAACCAGAAGAAAAAGAUCCGGAGGAAGGCAAAACGUGCAGCAGCUGCUGCAUCUGGAACUGCAGAAGCCACCACCGGGGAUCCUGAUGACUUAGAGGAUAAGGGGGAUUCUAGAGGGGUCAAUGAUGGGGGUGGUGGUGGUGGUGAAACACAAAAUGGAGCAGCACAGGGCCAUAAAAGAGGGAGCAAGGCGACAAGGAAGCGACUAGCAAUGGAGGCGGACCUUAGGUGCAAGAUUGUCGACUUUGGAAAUGCAUGUUGGACAUAUAAGCAGUUCACAAGUGAUAUCCAGACAAGGCAGUACCGGUGUCCGGAGGUGAUUAUUGGGUCUAAAUAUUCUACGUCUGCCGAUAUGUGGUCAUUUGCCUGUAUUUGCUUUGAGCUUGCCACAGGAGAUGUGCUAUUUGAUCCGCAUAGUGGUGAUAAUUUUGAUCGUGAUGAGGACCACUUGGCGUUGAUGAUGGAGCUUCUUGGGAUGAUGCCCCGCAAGAUUGCCUUGGGUGGUCGAUACUCUCGUGAAAUUUUCAACAGGCAUGGUGAUUUGAGGCACAUCCGCCGCUUGAAGUUUUGGUCCCUCAACAAAGUGCUCAUGGAGAAGUAUGAAUUCAGCGAGCAAGAUGCCAAUGACAUGGCUGAUUUUCUUAUUCCCAUACUAGAUUUUGUUCCUGAGAAACGUCCCACAGCUGCCCAAUUGCUUCAACACCCAUGGAUUGAUGCAGGGCCUCGAAUACGUGAACCAAGUUUGCCUCAAUCAAAUCAAACCCAAUCGUCGAUGGAUGGUGCUUCAGAGAAGCAAAGAAAGGAGAAAGAUGAAAGGGAAGCAAUGGCGGUAGGACUGGGGAAUAUUGCAAUUGAUGAAUCUUCAAAAUCAGUAAAAGACCAUCGACCUAAUAGUAAACCAACCAAUGCAAAUGUUAUGGCUUCAAGGUAGUGAGCCUGAGCCAUUUUUCAGACUUGAGCAAGGUCAGGAUUUUGACGCAUCCAUGUAUUUGAUAACAAUAUUGUUACCCCUCCCAGUGUGAGGUGUGUUUCAGAUGAGUGCAAAAUGGACAGCUCAAGGUGUUAUAUUUGAUGGCCAUGGUUGGGAAAGUUGCUUAAGAGGAUAUAUCGCAUCUCGUAUUUUAUUUUUCAUAUUGUCUCGAACAUUUUUUCCCUGUAAGAAUCAACUGUUGAAUUUUAUUUAGAAAUGUAUUUGUUGGACA